CAGACGUCAUGUCAACAAUGCACCUUCGCCAUAGUAUAUUCAAUUGCUUCACCCUUCUUGGUCCAUCAGCCUAUCUGAAAUGCCUUUCCUUCUGGUGAACUCCACACGAGUCCACUACUCCGAUACAGCAUUGAGCGAAUCCACUCGCGAGACACUUGUUCUGCUUCAUGGCCUCGGCUCUUCUCAGAACUAUUACCAUGCUAUCAUACCAGAGCUCGCGAAGAAUGGAUAUCGAUGCAUCGCCCCAGACCACACCGGGGCCGGUCGUAGUUCAUACACACAGGUCGAACAGAGUAGAGACAGUCUUUCAGCAAACGUUGUCGGGCUCAUGGACGCACUCAAAAUUGAGAGAGCUGUUGUUGUCGGGCAUAGCAUGAGCGGAUUCAUCGCCGCUCACCUCGCCGCUUCUCAUCCUACACGCUUCUCCUCAGCCGUCCUCAUCGGCAGUGUCUAUCCUAGUCCAGAUCUCGCCCCAAUCUUUGAGAAGCGCAUCGCGACCGUGCAAGAUUCUGGUAUAGAAGCCAUGGCCAACACUGUCCCUGAAGCAGCAACGCAUCCCUCCACACAUCCUCUCGUACGAGCGUUCAUCCGCGAACUUAUUCUCGGCAACACGGCAGAAGGUUACAUCUCGAAUUGUAGGGUCAUUGCAAGCGCUCAGCCGCCACGAUUCGGCGACAUUAAACAGCCGGUGUUGAUCAUCGCUGGUGACUCAGAUUACGCAGCGCCAAAAGCCAUGAGUGAACGAAUACAUAAAGAGCUAGGAACUCCAGAAGGAAAGAAGAGGCUGGAAGUGUACGAGCAGUGCGGGCACUGGAUCGUCGUUGAGAAGCCUGAUAAAGUGGCCAACGACAUAAUAAAGUUUUUAUCGGAUAUACAGUAGGGACUACAGCUCCUGAUGGUGAGUGAUUAGUCAUGCUAAGGAUACUGCAGGGAUGCGGGGCCGCUUAGCCGGAGCAAUUUAUGAUCGUUGUGCAGAUCAAUGUAUAACGCAAGAGGACUAUACUAUUCAUAUACCAGUCCGGAUGAUUGAUACAUAUAAGAGGACAAAUGUAUGUCUUAUGAAUGAUAAUUCUAGCAGCAAUGCUACAUGUGUCACCAGACG